AAUCUCAUUUCCUUCAAAACUUAGAGGCAUUCUCUAAAACCAGAAUUAUCGAACUACAAGGUUCCCUGGUGGACAAGGAAACAGAUCUGACAGAUCAACAAUGGAGAGCUUUAGAAGAGCUAAUUGAACCUAGAAAAAGGAUGAGACGGGAUGGAUAUGGACAUGAAGAAACUGUAGUUCGCUGCAAAUCUAGUUAUACAGGUCUAUUUUCCUUCUUUGCAAUCCCACUGCUUCUAGGAAAUAUGAUGUUGACGUUUAUGGCAAUGAUAAGCAUCAGUGUGAAUGUUAUGGUGACAGCUACAGCCACAACAACAGCUGUUGUUGUUACAAACAACAACACUAACACGAACAACAACAAUAACAACAACAACAAUAACAAUGGAGGUGCACCGGCCCCGGCCCCGGCCCCAGCUCCCGCGGGUACAGGCGGUAACAACAACAACAACAACAACAACAAUGGUCGCUCCUUCAACAUCAGACCUGACAGACCAUUCAACAUUCAAGUCGAAAAUCUUGACGACUUUAACCUUAGCGACGACAGCUUCUUUAAACCAGUCGCUAUGAUGACUAGUGGUGCCGACAGUGAUGGCGACAUCAAGAGAAAAAUAGAUUUUUUUCUCCAACAUUUCCUUUUGAAUUUAAAUGGAACAAGGGGUUUGGAAAAUAUGACAAAAGAUGACAAGCUUAACAAGAUCAAUCCAGAUGAACAGCUGACUCCAGAUAAACAGCUGACUCCAGACACUCCACUGACUCCAGACGAACAGCUGACUCCAAAUGAACAGCUGACUCCAAAUGAACAGCUGACUCCAAAUGAAAAGUUGACUCCUGAUUGGUUGGUUGAAUGGGAUAGUUCAGAUACAGAAAACUUAAAUGACAGUGUGCUUACAAAAAUUCAACAUCAGCCUGCAAAUAGAAGAUAUAUUCUACAUCUGUAUCAACAUCUCCAACAACAGCUUACAGAAUUAAAAUGCGAAAAAUCAGGUGUUUUAACUCCAGGUUGCAUAAUGGAAUCCCUUCUUGAACGCAGUUUUAUAUAAAAGUGUAUUUUGUGAAAAAGAAUAAAGUAAUUUUAAACUUUU